AUGCUGUUGAUGUGGCUUGAUGUGGCUGUGCAGGGGAUGUUGGUCCGCUUCCGCCAUGGGCUAAGGAGAAUCCUGGACUAUGCUGGAUACGCAGAAGACUCUCCGCAUGCAACUCUCCCAGACCACUGGUCAGAGGCCAUGGGUGCAAUUGAGGAUGGUGGAGCACGAGCUGGAAUAUCUCGGAUAAGCUUACAUGCAGAGGUUCGACAACCAAAAAGCACAACCAGAAACUGGAUACCGCAUUGGAGUUAUGAGAAAAGUUCCAUCGCCGCCGCCUGUAUAUUCACGGCCAUAACAGUCAUGGCCUUCAUUUUCCUAACCAUCUUAUCCGUCAAGAAAAUCAGAAGGAGCUGGGAGCGACAUAAGCGUGAGAGACGAGACUAUGCAACCUCCAGAUACUCCACCCUCUCCUUGCUCGAGGAUGGCCACAAGAUGGAAUCGACAAGCAGCAAGCAGACGAGCCGAGAGACCUUGAUGUUUAGGAGAAGCCGUUCUCCAUCUUCGACCUACGUUGUCGAACAAGAAGGAGCCUCCGUGACGAGGGUUUACCGCGCGAGCAAAAGUGCUUCUACGCUGGCGCUGGACCUGCCCGGACCCUCCCUGGGAGAUGAAACUCCCACGUCCCCAUUAAAGUCGAUCCCGGAGCGUCCAGUCAGUGCUAUCAGGCCUUCCCGACACGAGCGGCAUGGCUCGAAGGCCAGAUCAAUUGUUGUUGUGCCGUCUCCGUUGAAGCCGGUGGCAUCCUUCUCAGUCAACCCGAUGACACAUCGCUCGGAACCUGCUGAAAGCUUUGAGCGGACACCUUUGAGUCUCGACAAUGAGGCUGGAGAUAAUCCGUCGAACAGAAAGCGCGAAUCUUUUGGUGCGAGUAGUCUGUUCAAGCUGCCGGCAAUUCAAAGAACCAUAUCACCUCUUUUCUCGUUUUGA